UCCCCCCCCCCCCCCCCCCCCCCCCCCCCCCCCACUACGGCAGGAUGGCCUCCCCGCGGGAGCUGACCCAGAACCCGCUGAAGAAGAUCUGGAUGCCUUACAGCAACGGGCGGCCCGCCCAGCACGCCUGUCAGCGCGGCGUCUGUAUGACCAAUUGUCCUACGUUGAUCGUUAUGGUGGGUCUUCCGGCUCGUGGCAAAACGUACAUCUCCAAGAAAUUAACACGCUAUUUAAAUUGGAUUGGAGUGCCCACUAAAGAAUUUAAUGUGGGCCAGUAUCGACGAGACUUGGUUAAGACCUAUCGAUCUUUUGAGUUCUUUCUUCCUGACAACGAAGAGGGCUUGAAAAUCAGAAAACAGUGUGCCUUAGCAGCGCUCUGUGAUGUCAGACGGUUUCUCAGCGAGGAAGAUGGACAUGUGGCAGUCUUUGAUGCUACCAAUACCACUAGGGAAAGGAGAGAUACUAUCUUUACAUUUGGAGAGGAGAACGGCUACAAGACAUUUUUUGUUGAGUCAGUUUGCGUCGACCCAGAAGUCAUUGCUGCCAACAUUGUGCAAGUGAAACUUGGCAGUCCUGACUAUGUAAAUUGUGACAAUGAUGAAGCAACUGAAGAUUUCAUGAAGAGGAUAGAGUGCUACGAGAACUCUUAUGAGACUCUGGAUGAAAAUCUAGACAAGGAUCUUUCCUAUAUUAAAAUCAUGGAUGUUGGAAGGAGCUAUCUUGUGAAUCGAGUGAUGGACCAUAUUCAGAGUCGGAUUGUCUACUACCUCAUGAAUAUCCAUGUGACUCCUCGCUCCAUCUACCUCUGCCGUCACGGAGAAAGUGAACUAAAUCUAAAAGGACGGAUAGGCGGGGACACCGGCCUAUCACCAAGAGGGAAAGAGUUUGCAAAGAGCUUGGCCAGGUUCAUCGAUGAGCAGAACAUCAAAGAUCUGAAAGUUUGGACAAGUCAGAUGAAAAGGACAAUUCAAACUGCAGAAGCUUUAGGAGUGCCUUAUGAACAAUGGAAGGUUCUGAAUGAAAUCGAUGCGGGAGUCUGUGAAGAAAUGACAUAUGAAGAAAUUCAGGAACAUUACCCCCUUGAAUUUGCCCUGCGAGAUCAAGAUAAAUACAGAUACAGAUACCCCAAAGGGGAGUCCUAUGAAGAUCUCGUUCAGAGACUGGAGCCAGUGAUAAUGGAAUUGGAAAGGCAAGAGAAUGUCCUAGUGAUCUGCCACCAAGCUGUGAUGCGCUGUCUUCUCGCCUACUUUCUGGACAAGGCUGCAGAACAACUGCCUUAUCUCAAGUGCCCGUUGCAUAAUGUCUUAAAGCUAACCCCUGUGGCUUAUGGUUGUAAGGUAGAAUCUAUAUUCCUGAACGUCGAAGCUGUGAACACGCACAGAGAUAAGCCUGAGAAUGUAGACAUUUCGAGACCUCCAGAAGAAGCCCUUGUAACAGUCCCUGCUCACCAGUGAACCUGUAUCCUCAUCAGCCAUGAAACUUGUGGUGCUGUCUUCAUCUUAGUCCUUAAGCAAAUACCACCAUUUUGGUCCCAUUAAAAUUCAUUCCAAAUUCAACUUAUUGCAACUUGCACGUGAAACUUAGAGCUCUAAAGCAUCAGUCUAAGUGUGUUGACUAAUUCUCUGUGAAAGAUUAGAAGUCAUUGAUGGGCUAGAAUGCCGUUUCCUGUUCUUGUAAGCUUUUUGUAAUCAUUUGGUCUUUCCACUCGAGUUUAGAGUUUAUCAUCCAGUAGCAAGUGUGCCUUUUUUGGAAGUGUUAUACUCUAAAAGCUGUGAAACUUAUUGGGCUUCUUGCGAUAGGCUCAUGUUCUGUGAUUCUCUGAGUGUGAGUGGACUGCUGGAAAGAGCAGAAACCAACCACAACUUGUUCAUUGAUAGGUGUUUCUAUUGAGGUCAUGCCGGCGUUCUGCCUGAGUUCCAAGUUCAGCAUCCUCCACAACUCCCGGAGCAGAGCAAACCCUGGGAGCGACGAGGUCGCUGUCUGUGUUGUUUUGUGUUCAACUGUUGUUCUAGUGAAGCUAAAUUUCUUUUAUGUAUCAUGCUUGUUUUUGAGACAGACCGGCCCCGGUUAGCCAGAUGCUUAGCCCAGCCCUCCGAGAAAAGGUGGAAACUAAAAUCCUGUUCUUUCAAUGCCAGGAAUUAAGAUAGCAAUUUGCGCAAAGUAACCGACUGAUUUGAAAUGGUUAAAUGGGAGCCUCCCCUAGCAUUCUUCCCCAAGGAAGAACUGCUUUAUGUUGCCCUAUAUUAGUGAACCACUUGACCUGUGCAUGGAGGAUAUUGAUUGUGUUGAGUCCUUGCUGAUUGUACACAACACUUCAUGCUUGUGGGUAGCCCAGGGAUGAAUGUGUGAUUGUAACAUCAGUCAGAAAAACAUCUCCCAUCCUAGGGACCCCUCUCAAAAGGAGUUAGUUUACAUUUCCUGGAGGGAACGACCCAGAGAGCAUGCUGUCUUCUAGGCGGUGCCCCAUGAGGUGUUCUGGUUUUGGCCACGCACCUACUUUGUGAAAAGAUCUAGCUGCUCUUUUAAUCCGUGUCCAGUAUGGUGUCUUGCCCGUGGUUGGCAGUCCAGACCGAUUAAAUGGUGGAUUAAACGGCAGUGGGGUUGCACCUUUACAAACAAAUACAGAGAUUUACUCCUUGGAAGCUGAAUUAUGCAAUCAAGGAAGUCCCACCUGGCCUCAGUGAGUGGGUGGAUCCUUGGCCAUGUGUAAAGCUACUCUGAGACAAAAUUCCCAGUUUCAAAAUGACACAGCCACAGUGCUAGAUAAGAAUAAGUAACAGAUAAGAAUAAGUAAUGGUUAGAAAAGUACCACCUGUAGCCACUAUCCCCCAGAUAACAGCACACACCCUCCCAAAGGCUUCGGCCAGGGUUCAGCAUUGACUCGGAGGGAAGGACUGCCUGCCGCUAAAUCACCUUUGCCACCUCCCCCAGCUCCUGGCCUAUCUACCCACUUCCAGUCUAAGCUUGCUGCUCUGUUGCUGGAGCAUUGCCCAAAGGGUUGCCUCAAGGGAUUUUGAAUGCUGAGUUCCCAAGAAAAGCUGGAGUGGGGCAUCUUGGAACUGGGCCAUUCUGCCCUGGGGAGCUGGGCCGGAACCUGACUAUGCAUUUCCCAGUAGAACCUGCCCUGCUUCUGGUCUGUGCAGAGGAGAGGCUGGACCUCACCCUGUCAGGAGUGUGUGGGGACCAGACCACCAUUUUACCACCUGAUCAGGGACCACUUUGCCAAGAUGGGUGGAGAGUAGCCAUGUGGGAGGCCUGCUCAUAUUGCCUGCCUCUGAGUCCGGGCUCGGCCACCCGUGUGUCCGAGUCUGUGAAGCCCUCAGAGUGGCCGGUAAUUCCACACCAACGCUGAACACGUUGGGAUCAGUGAGGUGUGUGGGCUGAAAAGCUGUGAGCACAGAGAGAAGAGAGCAGGGCCUUCUGGGCUCACAACCACUCCUGGUCUUUUAAAGAGACCCUUUUGUUUUGCACUCUGUUGUCUCGGUCUCCUCUGAGCCGAGCAGCUAAAAACAAAGCUGGAACUGUUUCCUCAGUAAUGUACCCUGUUACCCUCACUUUUGUUAAUAAUGCCCUAUAACAGCUGUCGUUGAAGUCCUUGAGGUUCUGUUGUCUGAGAGUUCAUUUCAGCCCAACACCUUUUCCAGCCUUGGUUUGUAGGUGGGUGGAAAAUCCUGCUUGCCUCUGCCUCGUCUAUCCAAAGAGGAAAACAAUUAAAAAAAAAAAAAAACGAAAAAAAGCCCACACUCUUAACAACUGGCUCAGAGACUGUAGUUCUCUGCAGAGCCGGGCCAAGGAUUGAACGGUGAGUGAUUUCAGCUUGAGUUGUUUCUGGAUUGCAUUGUUGGAAGUUUGGUCCCUUACAAUUCGAGCUCUGCUUUUUCCUGUUUGUGUCAGAUGUUCUCCAGACAGAUCCAAUUGGAUCUUCGAGGUGACAGAAGCUCUAAUUUGCACUAUGUAACAGUGGGGGAAAAUGGUUUAUUUGUAUAUAGAGAACUAUAAGAGCUGAUGCUUGAAUUUACUGGGUCAUUUAAACCCCAUUUUGAAGGCCUGAAGGGUUGGAAGAAGAUGCUGAAUUUUCUUCCUUUUAAAUGGCUUUCAGAAUAAAUUUAAGCAGGGGAUAGACCCUUACUCUUUGUAGCAUGUGAUUUUAAAUAUAUAAAAUGCAGUUGCCUUGAUCAAUUUAGAAGAAGAGAAAUACCUUAGGCUAGAUGGAACUGUGCUAUUUGAUCCAAUGCUUGUUUGUGUCAAGUGUCAUGGGAUUGUGGCUUGUGAAGCACUAUCCCUUCCCCCCCCCCCCCCUUUCUCUCUCCCUCUCUCUUUUUGUCUUAGAAGAGUGGGGGCUGACAGCUGCCAGAUUGUAAAGUGGGUGCUUGCUCGUUGCCCCCUCCUGCUGUUUUUUUUGUCCUCUUGGGUUGGACUUACAGCCCCCAAAGUCCAGAGGGGCCCUGAAGGCUGCACCAGGUGGAUACCUUCCCUACUCCAGCUUCUCAGUGAAUUGGAUUGUGCCCCCAUCAUUAACAAAUAGGAACAGGAAGGGUGCGUGUGAGGGAGGGGGCGGAGGCCAGACAGAGGAGUUUGGAGCAGAUUGGGAGCUCAGCUUGGAACAAUAUUGGCCAAGGAAGAAAAGCAAGUACUCUUCCUCCUUUCACAAGUAGUCUUGAAUUGUGCAGAUCCACAGUCAUGCCCCUCAAGACCAGUCAUCAUCAGCAUCCCCAUUGCCCCCAGGACUGGCAAUGCUUGCUGUAAGCCGAGUACUCCUUGGGGGAUAUAGUGGGAGGGAUCUCUGGCCUCGAAGACCUUGCAGUCUAUUUUGAAGACCAGCAGAUAUAAAUUGAGGAGAGUAGAUAGAUAUGCUAAACACAUGGAUAAAUUAAAUGUUGAACCCCCAAGGAACUCUCCUGGGCUACCAAUGCCCUUUUCAAGACUUAGCUGCCCAACAACAUGGGAACAUGGUGAAGGUGGGGGGUAUCCACAGAACUGAGGUGAAACUGAUCCCUGAGUUCAUGUGUUAAGUGUAUUUCUGAGGCGUUUCCCUUGUUUUCCCUGGUCUGCAUGGGCAGGAGGCCCCUUUGGUCAGCAGUAUCUGGGAUGUCGGUGGAGUCUUAAAACUGUUUUUAUUAACCAGGAUGGUGGAAUGGUUCCCACCUCACCCCCCCGCCCCUUGCCCCCCAAAGGGGCAAUACCAAUGAAGAGUUUCUUGUGUUGGGGUCAACACCAUAAAGUGGUAAUUUAAUAUAAUGGGUGCAAAUGGUUGCUUCUCCGUGUGUACAUUUACAUGCUAUGUGUAUUUUAUGAUUCAAUUGCUGUUUGCCUUGGUGUUUUAUAAUUAAAAUAACUGUUUAGAAGCCAGAUGAAGAGAAAAAGAGGUAGAAUGGGAGAGGGGUAAGUGAAGAAAUAGGGGAUUCUGGGAAUAUUUCCACCCAAUUUAUUAGUUUCCACUGGGGAAGCUGAGUUUUUAGGCUGAAUGGGAUAUUCCUGCUAAGGAUCUUUACAUCCACUCCCGGAAAUAAAUGAAAACUCAAACUUUGAUUUUUGCUUUGUAUUUUAGAUUGACAGCUGAUGCUUACGUAGUGAUUUUUUUUAACUAACACUUCAAUGUUUGACAUUUUCAAUAUUUUUCCUCCAACUUACAAUGUAACUGAAGCCACAGAAAGCUCUGUAUCAGCCAUUAAUUGCAAUAAAUGCUUUUUAAAGUUCA